GUUUGAGACAGAGGAGGGAUAGGAGUGGGCAAGUGGCAUUGGCACCAAAAAGAGGUGCCCCUUGGAGGCAUUUGGAAGGCCAUCCUUUAGCAGCAGCAGGGAAGGUCUUGCAAGGCAAAGAAUCUAUUAUUGGGGGGAAACGGAUCCCUCCUGCUUCUGGGAGGAGCAGCUUUGUGGGAUUAAUGCCAAGCCUCCUUCGGAUGGAAAGAGAGGGCUCUAGGGCUGGAGGCACCCCAGAAAACUUGGCCAGAAGAGGCAGAAGAAGAGGAGCAAGGCACAGGAGCCAUCAGGAUCCGGAUGUCCACCUAUCCAAAGCCCUCUCUUAUGCCCUGCGUCACGGUGCAGACAAGUUGGGAUUAGGCAUGGGACUCGAUGGCUUUGUGGAUGUGGCUGAGAUCCUUCGCUUGCCCCAGUUCAAGGCAUGGUCCUUGGAAGACAUCCAGCGGGUUGUGGAGACAAACGAAAAGCAGCGCUUUGCACUGCGCCCACAUCCUUCUGGGGGGCACCUCCAGAUCCGCGCCAACCAAGGGCACUCCUUGCAGGUGUCUGAACUGGAACUCAAGCCACUGCUGAACCCGUCAGAUUUUCCAGAGGUUGUGGCCCAUGGCACAUACCUGCGCCACUUGCCUGCAAUUCGCCGCGAGGGCUUGUCACGGAUGGGACGAUCACACAUCCAUUUAGCACCAGGAUUGCCAGGGGAAGCAAGUGUCCUGAGCGGAAUGAGGAACAACUGUGAGGUGGCCAUUGUCAUUGAUGUUGCCAGAGCUCUGGCAGAUGGGAUCUCCUUUUUCCGCUCAGCGAAUGGAGUCCUCCUCACUCCUGGUGAUGCCAAUGGACUGCUGCUCCCCUGCUACUUCCGGGAAAUCCUGCAACUUCAACCUCAGCGUAAUGUCUUGCCAACAGAGUAAUAAAGAGAUAUAUAAUAAAAGUUUUAUUUAUACCCCA